GCCUUCUCGCCGCCGUCUUCCCCCACCUGCCAAGAAACCCGCGUUUCAUAGGCCGCGUCUGAAGAAGCUCGCCGCUGAUUGGGAGCGGGCCUGACUCUGGCUGCCGCCCGGGCUCGCCCUGAGGAGGAGCUGACGGGGCCAUGUCGGCGGCGGACGGUGCCCGGGAGGGCGGCAGGGCGGGCGCGGGCGGAGCGGCGGGUGGUCGCGGCCUCCUCAACCGUUUCGUGCAGCUGCCGGCCGGUCCGCGCUCGGCGGGCCAUCGAUCGCCCCCAGCAAGAAGCGGCCAUCGUUGCGUGGCAGAUAACGCCAACCUGUACGUGUUCGGAGGCUACAAUCCCGACUACGACGAGUCCGGCGGGCCAGAGAAUGAAGACUACCCGCUCUUCAGGGAGCUCUGGCGAUACAACUUCGCUACAGACACCUGGCAUCAGAUGGGCACUGAGGGCUACAUGCCCAGGGAACUGGCUUCCAUGUCACUUGUAUUACAUGGCAACAACCUCCUCGUGUUCGGGGGCACCGGGAUCCCCUUCGGGGAAAGCAACGGCAACGACGUCCACGUCUGCAAUGUCAAGUACAAAAGAUGGGCUCUGCUCAGCUGCCGAGGAAAGAAACCCAAUCGAAUCUACGGCCAGGCCAUGGCCAUCAUCAAUGGUUGUCUCUACGUGUUUGGAGGAACAACUGGUUACAUUUACAGUACCGACCUGCAUAAGCUGGACCUCAACACGAGAGAGUGGAUCCAGCUGAAACCAAACAACAUGUCCUGUGACAUGCCGGAGGAGAGGUACAGACAUGAAAUCGCACAUGAUGGUCAACGGAUUUACAUCUUGGGAGGUGGAACUUCCUGGACGGCUUAUUCCUUAGAUAAGAUCCACGCGUACAACCUUGAAACCAACACCUGGGAGGAAAUUGCCACAAAACCUCACGAGAAAGUCGGUUUCCCAGCAGCCAGAAGAUGCCAUAGCUGCGUCCAGAUAAAAAAUGAUGUGUUCGUUUGCGGAGGCUACAACGGAGAAGUGAUUCUGGGAGACGUUUGGAAGCUGAACCUGCAGACUUUCCAGUGGGUCAAGCUCCCCGCUGCCAUGCCGGAGCCGGUGUAUUUCCACUGCGCUGCCGUCACACCCGCCGGCUGCAUGUACGUUCACGGAGGGGUGGUGAACAUCCACGAAAACAAACGGACUGGCUCGCUCUUUAAAAUGUGGCUGGUGGUGCCCAGCCUGCUGGAACUGUCCUGGGAGAAGCUGCUGGAGUAUUUCCCCCACUUAGCGACUCUCUCCAGAUCUCAGCUUUUGCACCUCGGACUGACGCAGGGACUCGUUGAGCGACUAAAAUGAGAAUAUCCCGCGAUUCCGCACGACCAUCGAGAAGCCCACCCCCCUAUUUAUAGAUACCGUGGAUGAUCUUGCGAAGAACGUGGAGGAGCCCGCUCAGCGCCUUACUCAGCAAAUACAUCGAUGCCUUUCUAGAAGUUUUUACGUUGUCGAAAAGCCACUUUUUAUUUAUGGAGCUCUCAAUUACACCUUUAAUCAGAUACACUCUGGGACUGAUCCGUAACUUCCAACCAUCAAAGCGUUAUCAGCACACGCUUGCGACUUAAUUGGGGAGGGUGGGGAGCUUAGCGAAUGUCUGAGUCCGCGCUCGCAUGUGCUGCAUUCUUAGUAUUUUCACCAGGUGUACGUAACGGAACAUUCAGCGCAGAAAACAACCUGUUCUUAAGCUUUGGGUGAUGCUCAUCCCCGUAACGUAUAAAGACUGAGAAAUCCCGCCACUCAAAGGCUUUGCGUGUGUUUCACGGGCGCGUUCCCGUCUCGUUGAGCUUCACAAGACGGCUGGAACGUCGUGGCGAGUGAAACUUCUCCCCUUGCAGCUUUUCUCCGGCGCAGUCGAUUGGAAACACCCCAUGUCUGUGUUCCUCACCUUCUCCUAUGGAAAGGUUUGCUGGGAAGGUGGCUUAGAAGUGACCACUACUGUGUAAUUUACUCAGAGUGGCGAUGGGGAAGGGAAAAUGUUUUCCUGGAGCUUUUUUAACCCUUUCUGCUCACUCUGAGUGAGCUAACUGCAAAUAAUCCCCCAUAGAUUUCAGAGCUGUCUUCAUGUUGCACAACAUCCGAUGCGCAGGUUUUGAUGUUCCUCCAGGGCUGGGGAUGUUCUUGCCAUGGGGGUUUUACUGUGGGGGCCUCAUCCCAGGAAACACAGCAGGAAAAGAGAAAGGGAGAGGAAACAUCUCGCACAGGGAUGUUUGUCUGUCUGUCUGUCUCAUCUUACUUCAUAUACUGUGACAUAUAUAAGUGACCACCGAACUCUGAGCAGCUCCACUUCACCCUUUUCCUUUGGAGACCAUUUUUAAGUGCCUUUUUAAUUUUGUUUUAAAAUCAGCUUUGCCCAGUACCUUCCCCUUCCAAAGGCAAAACUUUGACUCCAGGGGUUUAAUUUCUUGUUAAGAGGUGGCAUUUCUGUUUAAAUAAACCAUAGCACAGUCUUGUUACUAGUCUGAACAGCACUGGCUGAUCAAGUCCCUGUUCCCCUCUGAAGGAGCUGAAGUUUUAGCACUUCAAGAUUAAGCUUCCCCUGCUCUUAGUGACAUUUUUCCCUCUUCUGGACCAUCAGUUGCUUUCAUUUUUUUGCAAAAUCCCAGAAGAACAAGAGUUGUCUGGAGAAGGUGGUGGCAGGUGGUUGUAGCUCUUGGAUCCAUCCCCUCCCUUGUACCUUUCCAGGACACGCAGUUUAUGGGCUGUGCUUAACUUUACACCUUCUGGACCCAAGCUUUGCUGGGACUUUUCUACUGGAACAACCAAGUCCUACACGUGCUGGUUCUUCCCUUGCCUACUGUCAAGAGCAUCUCCCAUCAUCACCAAGGCAAAAUUAAAACCAUCCAAGCCUGGACCUCUGA